CUGAUUCACAGUUUAAUAUCCCACUUGGUAUCUGGUUUGGUGGAUCCAUGCAAUCCUGAGUCCGCACAAGUAGUUCGACUGAUCACAUCCAUACUCACCCACCAAGGGAAUGUUAGCCUUUCAUCUGAAACCUCAGACAGGGUUAUAGUAUGGAUCAGUGAUACUCUGAGAUUCAAUUUGCAUAAGCCUGAAAAUGAGAUACCAGUUCAGGAGACUUUGUGUGCCAUGUCUGUGGUGUUGCGUGAUGCACCAGACCAUACAGAUGAGAUAUAUAUCAGUUUAGGUGGUACAAGAGGAUCAUUGAUUCAAGCUUUGGAAGCAGGUUCACCAUGGAGUUUCCAAGCCUCUGCAAUGCAAUGCCUCCAUCAUCUAACUUAUGUUACCCCAGACAUUGUCACAGAAGCCCGACAGCACUGUGAUGAAAUUUUCCCAGCAGAAGUUGUGUCAAGCAUUCAAAGAAUUGUCAUCCAUGUUUUAAAACAACAACAGCCUAACUCAGAUUCAUGCUCACAUAUAUUAUAUAUGCACCUUAUAGCCUCAGCUUUGAGUGUCUUAUACAAUCUUGUUGUGUGUGCCCCAAAUGAUGUGCUUGGGAACAUCAUAGUAAGUGCUUGUAGGCCUUUUGUGUUUUAUGGAUUGCCAGGAUUCACCCAUGAUGAGUUGGUUCAGCAUACAUCAGGGCCAGAAGUGGAUAUCCCACAGUCCUCAGGUGUGGAAAGUGAUGCUUCAUCAAGGAGUUACACCAAUCGUAAUCGGCGCAAGAGACUACGUCGAAAAAGAGCGCAGCCUUCUCGAUCCCCAUCUGAUUCAACAAGUAGUCUCUACACACCUACUACAGCCAUAGAGGGAGUAGGACUAGGUUUCAAGAGCCCUCCCCCAGCAGCAGCCUUGGAUAGUGUAUCUCUAAAGCCUCAGUGGGCUAAAGAAUGCAGGCAGUUGCCCGUUGGGGAAGAGGAAAAGGAUACUGUCACACCAGGAGCCAGUGUUGUGGUGGAACAUGCUUACACACUACUUGGAUCCUUAUUAGGUGCUGUAAAGAUAGAGCUUGAGAAAGGAACCAGCUCAUGUGUGUCAGUAGACCAAGUGCAGCAGUUGUGGCUCUGGACAUUACAGGGUCCCCUUCAUGGUCUACUGCAAAUGGCUUCAUCAUUGGCAGUAGAUCAUAACAACUUUUCAGAUCCAUCAAGCAUCAUAAAGCAUGAUGCAGGCCCAGACAUGUUGAAGCAAGAGACUCAGAACUGGAGAAACAAAGAGGAAGUGGAAGUAUUAGAGAACCAAGAUCACCAUAAACAGUUGGUGGCCACUGCUACUGUCCUGUCACACUUCAGUCCCACAAUAUUUGAGAGCCUUGGUGAGAAGUGGAUUACACAAGUUGUGACCACAGUAAAGUGGCUUGUGACCAACCCAGACCCAGAUCUGCGUUUGGCAGGUGUCCGCAUAAUGGCCAUCAUUGUGGGCUUCCCAGGAGUGGUUGGAAAUCCCCUUGGUGUCGGCCUGCUACGUGCAACUGUUGUGACAACAUCAGGCAUCCUUGCACAAAAGGAAAGCAAUGUCAACAGGGAUCGUCUUUUGGCCUCAUGGGCUUUGGCUAAUGUGUCCUCUGUGCUGGAGCUGUACAGUGAGAGUUGGCAGCGUAUUGAGCACAAUGCCAGCUCAGACCUCUUGCCCACCUUCCUUCUUGCUCGCCUUCUCGAAGUGGGAGUACGUGCCUGUAAGGACAAGGACAAGAUAAAACCACAUGGGGUGCGUUGUGUAGGAAAUGUGACCAGCUUUCUCCAUGCUAACCAGGCAUCUGACCCAGCAAUAGCACCAUUAGUGACCAAGGCUAUAGAAACAUUAAUUGUUUGCUCCAGCACAGGAAACAACAUGAAGACAAGGUGGAAUGCAUGUCAUGCGCUGGGUAACAUUCUCACCAGUGGGAGGUUAUCCAUCACAGAUGUGCCUUGGAGAAGUCAGGUCCUCACAACUUUGGGAAAUCUUGUUGAGAAUUUCAAGAAUUACAAAGUGAGGAUUCAAGCCUGCAGUGCAUUAUGUGGCCUUAAUUCUCGAGAUGAGUUUGGACAAGAAUAUUAUGGUAUUUGGCGGGUCCUUCUGCAUGGCCUUGACAAUGCACAAAAUAUUAUUGACUACCAAGAAAUAAGGCAUAGAGAUGAGCUCAUCAAUCAGAUCUGCCAAGGCAUUUGUCAGCUGGCAGCUCACCUGACCCUGGAAGAUGCAGGGGCUCUAUGCGAGCUCUUACAGGUACACCAGGACAUGGCAACACCACUUCUGAAGAAAGCUCAUUCCUCACUCCCACCUGAGCGUACAGGUUAUGCCCUGAAAGCUCACUCGAGAGUAGAAGAGCUUUUACUUUAUGAUGCAUUAACUGAGCCUCAAGAACAAGCACUUGUAAUUUUGCAGAGCUUGACAGCAAGUGAUUUCAGUGGUGAAAUUUGUUAAGGUUGACAACAGAUUCCCUUGUAAGUUUAUAAAA